AUGGUUCUCGGUGCGUUUCUGACGGAGAUUAUAGUGGCGUUCCUGCUGGCCGGAACUUUACUCUUCAAGUAUGGAAAUGUGUUCCGGCAUCACAUUAUAGUUACCGUCUCUGUAUUGAUAGCUUGGUACUUUUCCCUAUUGAUCAUCUUCAUAUUGCCCUUGGAUGUUUCUUCGACUGUAUUUAGGCAGUGUGUAGAGCAGAACAUACACAAUAGCACAAAAAUUUCUGAUAACACAACCGUAGUACCGUUUGUCAUGUGUAGGGAGCCUUGGCCUAAUGUGCCGGAUAAUGUGUUUCCGAAUUUGUGGAGAAUAGUUUACUGGACGUCGCAAUGUCUGACAUGGUUGAUACUUCCGUUAAUGCAGUCUUACAUAAAGGCGGGAGACUUCACUGUACGCGGAAAAUUGAAGUCUGCUCUAAUUGACAAUGCUAUAUAUUACGGCAGUUACUUGUUCAUAUGCGGCAUACUCUUGAUAUACAUUGCACUGAAGCCUGGCUUGGAUCUUGACGGGCAAAAAUUGAAAGCUAUUGCGUCCUCCGCGUCCAAUACGUGGGGUUUAUUUUUACUGGUCUUGCUGCUUGGAUACGCGCUCGUGGAAGUGCCGCGAGGAUUGUGGAAUGCCAGCAAGCCUGGGUAUACUUUGAACUACAGCUACUUUAAGAUCGCGAAAUUAAGUUUGGACAAGUGCGAAGCGGAGGAAACAGUGGACGACAUACUCGAGUCGCUUCACAUCGCAACAAUAUCCAUUGGACCUGGUCAUCCAUUCCAUUGCAACCUGGAGACGAUUUUUCAAAAGAUACCUGCCGAAUUGAAGGACAGAAUGAAUAGAAGACAACUGCCUGAUGAUACUCCGACGGACACACCCACUGAAAAAUCUUUGAUUCGUCUACAUAGGCAGACUAUAAAAGCAUUGCAAACUUUGCAACGCAUAGAGACACAAUGGGGCAUUUUAGUGGAUAAGAUCUUCAGUUUGGAGGAUGUGGCAAAGAAUCAAGUGAGUCACGAUCGAAGAUUCAAGCCGUCUUUUCCUAAGCAUCGCUCGCUUCCGUUCCGCAUCAUAUACAAUCCCAUUGUGGAGUGGUAUUGGAAGUGCAUCGUGCAAAGUCACGUCUUGAAAGUGGCUGCCGUUUGCGCUGGUUGCUUGUCGGUGGCUGUAGUAUGGUCGGAAGUAACUUUCUUCAACAAGUCUCCCGUGUUGUCGUUAUUCGCUCAGUUUCUAAAUUUAGCGAAAAGGAACUACGAUUAUUUCACGAUAGAGGUACUCUCCACACUGAUUAUCGCGUAUCUUUGCUAUUGCGCUUAUUCAACGGUGCUGAAAAUCCGGGUAUUGAAUCUGUAUUACUUGGCGCCUCAUCAUCAAACGAACGAGUACAGUCUGAUAUUCAGCGGGAUGAUGCUGUGUCGCUUAACGCCACCAAUGUGUCUUAACUUUCUGGGACUUAUCCACAUGGACUCUCACAUUAUUAAAACUCAUAUCUUGGAGACGCAUUACACGCAGGUGAUGGGCCAUAUGGACGUGAUUUCCAUAAUAUCCGAUGGCUUUAACGUGUACUUUCCCAUGGCAAUUCUGGCGUUUUGCUUAGCGACGUACUUUAGCUUAGGUAGUAGAUUGCUCUCCAUGCUGGGUUUUCAACAGUUUCUCGACGACGACGAGUUUACGACGGAUCUCGUGGAUGAAGGGAGAGAACUUAUAAAGAGAGAGAGACGCAAACGGCAAAGAGCGGAGGAUUCUAUGUAUAGGCGACGCGAGAUGCAAGAAAGAUUCAAUAUUUCAGUGGGCAAGCGUUACAGAACGCCGCGACAGAGUACAGACACCGUACGUCCAUUGAAACGAGACGAGUCAGUCGAGUCGGCGCGAGCGGGUCUGCUGCACGACUUUGAUCCCGCGGAAUAUUACAUCGGCAUGACUUUCGGUGGAGAGAGCUACGGUGCGAAUAAUCAAUAUGACGUGGAAAAUCAAGACGACAACUCGUACGAUCCGAGCACCGCGAGGGCGUUCUCUACGAGUACGAGUCGCGUGGGUCCUCCGCCCAGAGGAUUGUUCGACGAUAUUUAAAGGAUAAUUAGAUGCGAACGUAGAGAUGUAAAUUGGCUUCAGGCGUUUACGUGACAUCAUCUAUCGAGCAAUGCGACGAUCGUAGAUAAUUUAUGAGAAUUAUUAGUCGUAAAAUAAUAGAGUGCAUGUUACUAUGAACAUCGUAAAAAUUGGCUUACGUGAUACUUGCUUUGAUAAUUUGGAUCGAAGUCGAGAACGAACGGUCAAGAACGCGAAUUCAGGCAAAAUUGUACUCUAAUUGUGGCAAAACACUCUCUCAUUGUGAAGUCUAUUUAUAACUUAUUAUAUUCGAUGAAGGAAGAAAGUGCGCUGUUGUUAGAGUGGUAUCGAAAUGAAAAACGCUUUUUUAUAAGAAUUAUAGUGCAAUUUAGGAGACAGAAGCUGAUAAUGGUGUAAUGAAUGUCACAUUUAAUACGAUACAUGUACAUAUAUUACGUUUAUUAGGAAAAAUAUAGUUUUAUGUCUCAAUUUUUUAUCUUCUGUUCUGUAUGAUUCGGUUUAUGUUGAUACUAAUAAAUAAUUUUUAUUUA